CCGUAUACGAAUAACGCAGCAAAUUUCAUCAAAAUCAAGCAUUUAAGUACGCCAAGGUUAAACUUUAAGCAUUACUCGAAUCAGUAGGAGUAGAAGCUUCAACUCAUGAAUAAAACUCAUUAUACCAUUCAAGGUCAGUGGUACAGAUGCAAUCCAUUCGUAUUUAGUGGUGCUUAAAUUUUAACUUGGCCCCGUUUUCCCCCCUCAAUAUUUUUUCACAUCUCAAGACAUUUCUUGAAGAAACAAUGUUUCCGCAUAUUCUUAUCUUUUCAAUGUGACUGGUCAAUCCAAGGUCACUGGUGAGCUAUUAAGGCAGGAGCAAUAGUUCACCCGCACAUAGUGACAAGAAUACUCCAAUUUGAUUAUAAUGGCAACAAAAGUUCCUCUACUUGCUGCAGGCGGUCCUUUAAUAUUUCGUCAAUUAUUUGAAAAAGUUUCUUGUACAUACACAUAUUUAUUGGCUGAUGCUCGAACCAGAGAUGCUGUGUUAAUUGAUCCUGUUUUAGAAACUGUUGAACGGGAUACUAAAGUUCUAAAUCAAUUGAAUCUUAAACUUGGUCCUAUAAUUAAUACUCACCUGCAUGCAGAUCAUGUCACUGGUAGUGGAUUGUUAAAACGAAUUCCUGGUUCUUACAGUGUACUUGGUCAUUAUGAUGGAGCUAAAUCUGAUAUGAAGAUGCGACCUGGGGAUCGUAUUAAAUUUGGUAACUUUGAAUUAGAAUGUCGUAAUACUCCAGGACAUACAAUAGGUUGUAUGACUUUAGUAUUACAUUCUGCUGGUAUUGCAUUUACUGGUGAUGCUCUACUGAUUCGAGGUUGUGGAAGAACAGAUUUUCAAGGUGGAUCAGCUGAAACACUCUACGAAUCAGUACAUUCACAAAUUUUUAGUCUUCCAGAUGAUUUUAUCUUAUUUCCUGCACAUGAUUAUUUAGGCAAUACAAUGACAACUGUUGGCGAGGAGAAAGUACAUAAUCCUCGACUUACAAAAUCCAAGCAAGAAUUUGUUAAAAUUAUGAAUGAAUUAAAUCUACCCAAACCAAAACAAAUGGAUCGAGCUAUCCCGCUAAAUUUGAAAUGUGGUAUCAAUGAUGAAUAGAGACACAUUCACAUAUUAUUUAUUACACACAUCAGAUUGACUGGUUGAUUUCAUUCUUGUUAUUCAAAUAAUUUACUAUUUAAUAAUUUCACUAUUCAUUUACUUUUUGUUUUACUGAUUUCGUAGAGUUUUUGAUUAGUUUCUUCUCUUUCUUUUUAAUUUGUUUUAAUUUAUCUGUGUGAAUCAAUGAUUUUGUUCAGUUAUUACUUAUCAGGCCUCUUUUUUCGGUCCGAUUGUAUGCAAUACUCCAUUUUAUCUGUUACUCCUGGCUGCUUACUUCUUAAACACAUGUCUUGAGAUUAUUUUAUACUCAAAAUAUGUAUGAUUUGCAUUUGAUUUCAAUUCUCGCGCCACCUACCCACCCUUCCUCCCACCUACACCACUCGCCCAUACUUUUUUAUUGUCUUGUUUAAUCAGUGGGGGAAAUGUUUUUUUUGGCUAACCUCUUGUGACUUUCAACAACUUCUCUUCUUUGAUCCAUGUCAUACUGAUGAUGAUGAUGAUCUAACUUGAUCCUGCCUUUUUCUCCCCGGUCCGGUAUCUUUCACCUCAUAGUAGUAACCUGUUUUAUGUCAUAUAUAUUAACCAGUGCUAAUAAUAAUGCGUCAUUGUGAUUAUUGAUUGACUGCUGCAUUCAGCUUCCUCUGUUGUUGUUUUUUUAUAAUAUGAAAAUUUUUGAUAAAUAAUAUUAUUUACCUUA